AUGCCGCAAAUAACAGACCUGCCCUCGAGGCCCUCUCCGCCCUCCGCGGCCUCCGGCGAGCCUGCCUUGCCCUACGAUACUAUGUCCCUCUCGGAGAUCUCUGCUGAGAACAUCGCGUUACCUCCGUCUCCUUCGAACGAAGAGGACAGUGCAAUCUUCUCUUCGCCUCCCAUCAUUUCUACGCCUUCUGUCGACAAAACUCCCAGGCGCAGCGACUACUUCACCCAGAACCUCACACCUAGCCGAGUUCGAGGGACUUCACCACCAAGAAGAAUGAGACCCCUUUCUGUUGGCAGCCUUCCCCUCGCCCCUCCUAUGCAGAGGGCCCAUUCAUCGCCAGGAGUAGACGCUUCUGGCCGUUAUGUCACUCCCUAUGGCCAAGUCAGACGGCCGUCCUCGCCGUUACAUUCUGGAAGGAGAAGGAGUCCGUUGAGAACAACAGCAGAGGACAGCUACCCCCGAGAUCCAUCAUGGAGCGGAUUGAACAUCGAGCCGAACAUUCCCGAACAUGCCGAACUCGAGUUGUCUGGAGACGUCGAAUUCUCCCAAUCCUCUCCCAUGUCGUCGUUGUCCAAUACAUUUCCUAGGGCCCGGCGGCGGACCAAUAUUCCCCUGCACCAGAGUGCGAGUGCACCUUCUCUAUAUGCGAGAGCCACCAGCCCCAUCUCGGGAAGAACAUCACCCUCGCCGUCUUUUGUUCAACAAAAGUUCUCAAAUGAACCAUACCCCAACUAUUCGGUGAGCUCAGCCUCAAGUGUACCAAGCACACCUACGUCUCUACGCUCUCGGUCUCCAUCCAUCAGCUCCCUUGAGACCAUUGAAGACAGUCCAGAUGCCGAGGAGGCCGCGCUCUUGGAGGAGGAAGUGGCCAAAAUGAAAGGCGAAGACGCCGAGACCUUAAGAAAGAGCUCGACGGAACAAAGAGGGACCAACUUAAGGAGCAACAAGGAGAGAAAGCGAUGGUCCGUCUGUGGUGCUGAAAGACGGGCCGACUUUUCUUUGGCGCCUAUCGAGGAAUGA